AUGGCCCUCAGCAUCGGUGGCGCCGCCGCCCGGGGGAUCGGGGCCGCCGCUUCCGGCGUCGUCCCGUUGAGGAGACUGUGUGCGCCGCCGGCGGGUGCGGCGCAGGGGUCAUCGCGGAGGUGCCGGGGGAUCCGCUGCGUUGGAUGGGUGCGCUGAGACGGCUACCCUCGGCGGAGUGGAGUGUGCUUUGAGAUCCAGGUGGCUUACUGCAGAAACUACCUGCGCGCAGGAUCCGGAGGGGAUACUCGGCCCGCCGCGGGGGGGGCACAUCGCGCGGCUGGAGUUCACGAAGAGGCUGAUGAAGGAUGCCGACGCGCGGGAGGAAUUCAAUCGCCAGCUGCGGCAGGAGAACGAGCGCCGCCGCGCCCUCAGAGAGGCAAUAAUAUGAGAAUUUUAACGUUUUCUGUCUUCAUUUAAUCGUUGCAUUUACGGGGAAGAAAUUAGAGCUAAACCAGGCUUUGAUGUUUGCUUCUGGGAUGGUUUAGUCUCGUGCGGUGCCCGACAAGAUUCCGGAGCUGAUCGAGUUCUUUCUCGACACGGAAGCGCGAGAGCUGGAAUACGAAAUUGCCAGAUUGAGGCCUCGGUGAGUCUGCUUCGCUGCUGUUCGUGUCAGAUUCCUUUGUUUUCUUCCUCUUAUCAAUCUUCACAGAGAUCUUCGGUCGGUCGGUUUAAUUAUACUCCUCUGACGCAGCCAUGUAUUCUUCUGGUUUGAAUGUUGCCAUUCCGGUAGACUCUAUGCUUCUAAGCUAGUUGUCCUGUCCUCCAUGUCAAGAAAUUGGAACAGUCUUAAGAGGACUUCUAAGCAGGAUACAUUGCCAGAGACAGGAGAUGAAAUCACGUGAAUGAAAAACACAAUCACCAUUCCUAUUUAGAUUUAUUUUCUUCUCCUAAUUUUUUCGGUGCAAAUCAAAUCGGCAUCCCAUAUUAAACAAGAGGUUUUAUCGCUGGAUUUCGAAUCAGAAGUUACCUUACCCAAUCAUUCUUACAAAAUGAAGAAAAUUUGUGUGUUCUUGUGGAUGAAAAGUCAGGAAUUCAGAUGUCAUGCGACCAUUUCAAGAAGCUCUUUCGAUUAUCCAGCAUAUUUUGGAGAAAUCUGAAAGUUUCUGAGUCUGGAACGCUUUCAUUCCAUCUUCUAUCACCGAGGAGUUGAUUACUUUGUUCAAGUGUGAAACUUAAUUGAUCAUUUGUGCACGUCCUGGCUUCAUAGCUAACACUUCAACUCUAUGUGCUCGUAUCUCUAUUGGCUCUGUCUCAUCGAUCUACUCACAUGUUGGAUGAAAGCUUCAUGGUGAUCUCGCGAAUCGAGCAUGAUUGGCACUCUUGACAUGGGGAAUGUACUUAAACUCUGGUGUCAGAUCCCAUAUUAACUUAUGAAAUGUGCCAGAUUAACCAAGGAGUUCUUCGACCAUGUGCAACUCGAGCUCAGUCAGCUUCGUUUCGCAGUCUCUAGAACGAAGGUCUGUCGUAUUUCUCCAAAGUCAUUCGACCUUCGUCACACAAGCUAAGCUUGAAACUCUCUCUGAUCUCGUUCUCGUGUCUCUGCAGGAGAUGGAAGACAGAUUGAUAGAGUUGGAAGCCAUGCAGAAGGUUCUCCAAGAAGGAACAGGUUUGGCAAUUUCCAAUCACCAAUAAUUAUGUACAUUUCCUGCCAUGCUUCUUCUGAAUCAUCAUCUCUCUCUCUCUCUUUCUCUCCCUCUCUACUGCAGAAGCGUAUGAUAAAAUGCAGGCAGACCUUGUCUUAGCAAGGGAGAGGCUCUCCAAGAUACUACAAUCCAAGGACAGGAAGGCUACCGUAUGCUCAGCUCAUACCGCCUUCUUAUUUUUGUUUAUUGAUUUAUUUAAGAUGAAAUUAUGGAUUGAUGGAGCCAUGGCUCGCGCAGCUGCUGGAGAUGGUGGAACGCAACGAGCUUACAAGAUCAGUUCUUGCCCUUCUGGACGAGAACAUUGCGAGCGCCAUAAACAGCGACCAGGUUUGGAAGAUAAUACGAGAUCCCACGUCGGAUCUUCCGAAUUCCCCAUACAUUCCAAUCACAAUAAGUCGAUGCCAAUUUUUCUUCCACAGAAAGAGGCGGCUGCUUUCAUGGAGAAUAUUCGGGCGACCAUGCUCAAGUACAUGACGGCUUGA